UUGAAAGAUAAUGAACUAAAGUACCAUUUUAAUAGCAUCGAAGAUUACAAUUUUUAUCAGAUAAUACCUUUUAUUAGGGGAAAUUGAUAAUACUAAUACUUCUCGAUGAUUUUCAACGGAUACACAAAAAUAGAUGUUGUAUCGGUUUGUGCGAUAAUCUAAGAAUUUGUAAUACAUCAAAUAAGUGUUAAGAUGGCCUUAACGCCAUUGCAAAUAAUUUUGGGAAAAACGGCUGCCAUUAUUGGGGCGGUUCAAGGAUUUGCAUGGUGGGGUAUGGCCCUAGCUUGUGUAAUCGUUUACUACGAUGGUACGGAGAUACCGAAGGAUGAUCCUACAAACUUUAGCCAGCUAUUAAGUCGAGGAUUACAACUUUCUUAUUUAGUAAAAAAUAGUGAGGUAGGGACAUCUGACAAGAGAGUAAUCCAGGCAUCGGAUUUAAUUAUACUGGCUUGGAUGUACUUAUUUGCCAGCAUUGUGUGGAUCGUAAUAUCUGUUGACCAAUUUCUAGCUAUCCAUUGGAAUAAAUCUAGACAAUCAACAUUGAUGAUAAGUUGGGGUACACUAACAAUUUGUAUAUCAGUAGUUGAUUUGGUAUUUUCAUCUUUAUUAUUACGAGACUUCAUUAACUGUUCAACAAGUAAUUUGGCUUGCCAUGUGAUCAUUGGUACAGUGAUGACGAUAGCAGCUAGAGGUUACACUUUGUGGCUCUUAAAUUGUGUACUUGCUAUCAGCACGAUAUUGUCUGGAGUUAAUAUAAUAACUCGCGAGAAGAUAUUAAAAUCAAGCAUGUACGGUGUUGAAAUUCCCAGAGCUAAAGCUACACCCAGCCAGACCAAUACCCUUGAGCACAACCCAAGGCAGUUACAUGAAAAUAGCAAUUACUCACCCCAACCUAGCUCAAACGGAUAUCGUCAGCCUCAAAACUUGGAGCCUCCAGCUCAUUCUUUGGGGCCAUAUCCACACUCACCAAGCCUAAAUUCGGUAGCUACUACAGGAUUUUCUGCUCAGUUGCGAAAUGGGAAUAGGUUUAAUUAUUAAACAUCAUAUUUUUGUUUUUAUAAUUUAUAGUGCGUUUGGAUAAAUUUGUUAUAUAGUUAGAGUAAAAUAUUUUUUAAU